AUGUUAUUGUCGAACGUUGUGAUCGCAGCGUGUUGCCUGUCAACCCCAACACUAGCCUCCAUAUGGCCAUCAUCUAUCGCAGCACUGCCAGAGGAUCUCGCCGAGACACCAACUGCAGUCACAGGCUAUGUAUCUCAAUGGGUGAAAUCGUUGAAAAGCACCAUCCAAACGCUCUACAACCCAGAAACCUGCAGUUUGAUGAGCGGGACCUACGAGAACAUGAAAUGGUCCUGGCAGUCUGUCAACCCAGAGUGCGACAUCAAAGCACAGCGCGACGCGAUUUCCCACGCCACCAAGGAUUACACGACCAGCGAGGAUAACAAAGAGUAUUGCAGAGAUGGCGAUACCAAGUGUCUACGCAUGGUUGCUGGUAGUUCUCGGGAUGGAUGGUUGAAGCUGAAACCGGUCGAUGAAUUUGAUGAAAAGGCAUAUUGCGGCCCGACCUUGACCUUCGAUUCGUAUCUUAUGGGUGGAAACGAUCGCUGUGAACAUCAUGUUCUCUGA